AUGCGUUGUUUGUGCCGGAGGGUCAACCAAGCCUGCGCCGUGUUGGCACCUGCCCUGCACUCCCUGCAGCGCUGCCAGGUCCCUCACCCUCUUCGUUCCCCUUUGGUGCCCCCAGACGGCUUACUGUGUGCCUGGCGCCCAGAGACCGAGGCCGGAGCACAGAGAGGCCGAGCCCGGUUCCGCACGGCCAUACGAGAUUCCCCGCAACACAGCUGGCUUCCUCCCGGCAGCAGUACAGCCCAAUGGCAGAGGCCCGCGGGACCCGGCCCCAGACCCUACGGCGUGGCCAACUACGUCACUGCGCCGCCGCGGUCACGUGGCCGCUCGCUCGGCCAAUCCCGCGGUCACGUGGCCGUCCGCCCUAUUCGCGGUCACGUGACCAAAGCGCAGCUCCUCGUGGGCCACCGUAGAGAACGUCGGGCUGCCCCCGGGACGGGAGCCGAGAGGCGCUGUCCACCGCGCCUGCGACAGCGUCAGCCCUGCGCGGAGCGCCGGCCCAUGGCGGCGGCGAUGGCCGAGCAGGAGGGCGCCCGCAACGGGGCCCGCAACCGCGGCGGCGUCCAGCGCGUGGAGGGCAAGCUGCGCGCUAGCGUCGAGAAGGGCGACUACUACGAGGCGCACCAGAUGUAUCGGACCCUGUUCUUCAGGUACAUGUCGCAGAACAAGCAUGCGGAGGCCCGGGAGCUCAUGUGCUCAGGAGCCCUGCUCUUUUUCAGCCACGGCCAGCAAAACAGCGCUGCAGACUUGUCCAUGCUGGUCUUGGAGUCGCUGGAGAAGGCCGAGGUGGAGGUGGCCGAGGAGCUGCUGGAAAGCCUGGCGAGACUGUUCAGUCUGAUGGACCCAAACUCCCCGGAGCGAGUGGCCUUCGUGUCCAGAGCCCUGAAGUGGUCCGGCGGAGGGUCUGGGAGACUGGGCCACCCCCGGCUGCACCAGCUGCUGGCCCUCACCCUGUGGCGAGAACAAAACUACUGCGAGUCUCGGUACCACUUCCUGCACUCCACCGACGGGGAGGGCUGUGCCAACAUGCUGGUGGAGUACUCCACCGCCCGGGGCUUCCGCAGCGAGGUGGACAUGUUCGUGGCCCAGGCCGUCCUGCAGUUCCUGUGUCUGAAGAACAAGAGCAGCGCGUCGGUGGUGUUCGCGACGUACACCCAGAAGCACCCCUCCAUCGAGGACGGCCCUCCCUUUGUGCAGCCGCUGCUCAACUUCAUCUGGUUCCUGCUGCUGGCCGUGGACGGGGGCAAGCUGACGGUGUUCACGGUGCUCUGUGAGCAGUACCAGCCGUCCCUGCGGCGGGACCCCAUGUACAAUGAGUACCUCGACAGGAUAGGACAGCUCUUCUUCGGGGUGCCGCCCAAGCAGACGUCUUCCUACGGAGGCUUGCUAGGCAACCUCCUGAGCAGCCUCAUGGGCUCCUCGGAGCAGGAGGGCGAGGACAGCCAGGAUGACAGCAGCCCCAUCGAGCUCGACUGACGCCUCCUGCACCUGCAGGAGCCCUGGGCCCCCUUCCCACUCUGAGGCUGUGGCAGCUGCACGGUGGCGCCUGUGGGCAAGCCCUGGCCGAGGGCGGGGCGGCCGCGGCCUCCGAUUGCCCCACAAUAAAGCACAGGCCUGCGUGCCGGCCUCUCCCAGUCCUUUGUUUCUGGUUUGCUUUGGGUGCCGGGGGGCUGCCGUCGGCCGACCCCAUGUGCACGUCCCUGGUGGCCCUGGGCCACUCCCCGCCAUGUCCCGGGGGCCAUAGCUGCCACCGGGCACUGGGCACACGUGCGGAGGCCGUGGGACUCGCACCUCAUGGAGCCGUGUGUUCCCCUGUGGCGCUGCCUCCGACCCGCGUCCUGGGCGUUGACUGGCGAGCAGCCUGCAGCGAGGCCCGGUCCACGGACGCCCACAGGUGCUCCAGUGCAGCUGGAACAGGACACACUCUCUCCACAGUCAGAAACGGGCUGUGGACGGACACACGGUGACCAAGCUAGGAGGGGCGGAGCGUGCGGCUCUGUGUGCUGUAAAAGCGGGACUCAGAGGAAGGUUGUGUUACCUGUGGAGUCAAAUAAACCCUUUCUACCGGG